GAAAAUCUAACCAAGCCACAACAUCUAAAGGAAUAUAUGAUAAUUUUAUAUUAGCAAGUGAUUACGCAACAUUUGAUACAGAUAUGCUUGACGAUAAUUUAUCAACAAAUCUUGACGAUAAUUUAUCAACAAAUAGCAACUUACCAAAGUCACCACGCAAUACAUUAAGUAAUCUUGAUCAAAACGUGCAAAAAAAAAGUAAUCCAAAUUUGGAAAGUGAAAGCUUAGAGCCAAAGCAAAUACAGGAUCAAAUUAGCAGAGAAAUUGGAGGUUAA